CGCGUUGUAAUAUGUAUUCACACGCUUUGGUUGGUUAUCAGAACUCUUCGCUCCAGUUCUGGGAGAAGUCAUCGAAGACGAUGAGUGCUGUCGCCGACUCUUUCAAGGGAUACCAAUACUAUGAGUUCACGACUCUUAAGGAGUUGACCGAAACGAGCAAAAAGUUGGCCGAAGACACGUCCAGCUGUGAUGAUAUUCGGAAGAUCUUUGAUGACAACGACGAAGACGAAGACAAGGAUCGACUCAUUUUCUUUGAGGCCGACUAUAGAGAUGACGACUCGAGUAAAGCCGGGAAUAAAGAGAAUAAAAAGAGUAAACUGUUUGGCAAAAAGCCGUCGACUUUGGGUGCAAACAAAGCCAAGUCUGCGAACCCAAAGAGGGCUUCUUCUGAUUCCAAAGCAAACAAUUCAUUACUUGAUCUCAACUUUGAUUCCAAAGAGGAUAAGAGUCUGAAGCAGACAUCAAAUGCUACUGAAGCGCAACAAAACCAAGAUAUCCUUACGUUAAGUGAUGGCAAAACGGAUGACUUGAGUCUAUUGAAUGAAAUACUGAACGCACCGACCGCUCCAGUCAUCGCCGCUAGUGGUGGUGGUGUGGGUGCGACAGGUGGGGGCGCUUCCAAUGCCGGUGGAGUAGACCUGUUUAUGCCGAGUCAACUGAUUGACUUGAAUUCAUUCAAUUACUCGUCGAAUCCAAUGAAGGCAUCCAUGAAUCCAAUGACUACUCGUAAAGAGAAAUUGGAGGAAAUGAACAAAAAAGUCAAUUUGAAUGCUAAUAAAGACAAAGCAAAGAAGACGGAAGAGCUGUCUUCGUGGUUCAACCUGUUUGCAGAUCUCGAUCCACUCGCAAAUCCAGACGCCAUCGGCAAAAAGGCCGACCAAAUAGAGGACAGGAAUUGUUAAUCAAUUCAUUCAAACUCUAUAACUAUUAUCUAUAUUCCAAUGAUUAUUACCGUAU